CCUUCUCCGAAUCUCUCUCUUUUCUCAUCUUGUGCAGCGGCGGCGCAAGGAGAAAAGCAGCGUGUUCCUGUUACUGGUUUAUGGUUACAUGCUUGAGAAAGAACGAAUUUUUAUUGUAUAACAAUGUCGAUCAAUACCAGUAACGAUGGCGUCGUCAUUAAAACUAGCUUAACAGUUGAUGCUGAACCGAGAAUGAGAAUCGAGAAUCCCUUUGCUUUCAAGGUAGGUCAAGUAUUCACAGGUUUUGGCGUCGGAUGCGGUAUUGGAAUCGGCAUCGGCCGUCCUAUAAACUUAGGUGCAAUUCCAAUGUUGAAUCAAGUUAUGGGUGCAACUAGAGGUGCAACAGAUAUAUUGCACAGUGCUGGUAGACAUGCUAAUAGUUCUCUGAGGAAAUUGGGAGUUAAGAAUCUCGAGGCAGGAAUUGGAUGUGGACUUGGUUUUGGCCAUGGUUUUGGAGUUGGCCUAGCUGUGAAGCCAAGGGUGAUGCAACAAAUUCAGUCUUCUUGCAUUCAAGCAGUGACCAAGUUGAUGAUGAAGUGUGGAAUAGUUCCUAACCUGUCCCUUGAUCAAGGCUUAACAUCUCUUCAAAGCGGUAUUCCACAUAUUGCUCAGAGUCCAAUUGAUGGAAUUUUGCGGCUAGGGACAAAGGAAGCAGACCAAGUAUCUCGAGUUUUCCAACAAGAUGGGAAAUCAUUGUCUUCUGGUGAAAGCUCUAUGCCAGAUUCAUCAUACGGAACCCGAACUGAGAAAGUUCUCAAUAGUUUUCUGCAGAAUCCACUCUUUGGAGAGGAAAGGGGUAAGGGGAAGGAUCAGAUUGGUCAUCUGCAGUCGGAGAACAAUAUUCUUCACAUGGUGUUAAAGCACCAGAAGAUCAUUGAUGAGCUAACAGAUGAAAAUGAGAGAAUCCGAAGAAUACUGGUGGAAGAUCUCAAAAUUCCACCUACCAAGCUCGAAGAUGGCAGACACCUGAUUAAAACCAAAUCGACUUGUGAUGAAUGUUUCGAAUGCCGUAGGAAGCAAAGACUGAAAUGAACUCAAGUGAAGCUGUAGACUAAAAAUAAGCAAGACCAAGUAAGAUAUCCUCUCAUGUUCGUUCAACUGCAAGUUCUGGUUCUGUCUUGAUCCUUAUAGUCGCCACCUACCAAUACAAUCUUUACAAAGAUUUAGGACUAUUUGUAUUUUCUUUAUAUAUUUCAUAAUUUCAACUUUCCAUAGCCUAGAUUGUAAUUUAGAUUAUAACAAUAACAUAAAGGAUUUGUAUACUUUGUUGACAUAAAUUUAAGCUUUUGUUGGUUGAUUCCUAAAGACAAAGAAUCUGUAUUGUAUGUAGCUUUUGAAAAAGGCAUCCAAUGCUCUUCUUCCUUCCAUCUCA